AAUUGAUGGUGAUGCCUUUGUUCUUUUGACAACUGAGUCAAUUAAGGCAAUGAUUAAGAAGCAGGGUCUUUUGUUGAAAUUUAAACAUAAAUUUCAACAGCUUAAAGAAAAAAAUAUUGAGCAGCAUGUAUAUCAAAAGGCACAAGGAGUUUCAUCUGGAGACGAUACCACCAACAAGAUUUCAUUUCCAAUAAAUGUGUCUCCAUGCAUGAGUACUGAUCUUAUGUUAGAACAGAGUAAGAUUUAUGGCAGAUUUAAAAGCAAUGCCAAACUGUCAAGCUGGCAAAAGGCAGUGAAUGAUGCAGCAUUUGCUAUAACACAAGAUGCCCCAGUUAAGCUUUAUGACCGUUCCCAGCUGAAAUUGGAAGCUGAAGAAAAGGCACGUGCUUCAUACAUUUUCAAAAAGAAGUCUGGAUCGCGAUCAAAGUUUGAAGGUACACAUUCGUCAAAAAGAAAAAAAAUGUCAACUGCAGAGCGAAACCAAGAGCUGACAUCAUCUUCAAGCCAAAUUGAGAGCCUGACCACAUUGAUAGAUAAACUUGAAAAGGACAUGAAUAGAGCAAAAGCGAUCCAUGAUUUUGAAUUAUGUACUAAACUGUACAAUGAGAAACGAAAGAUGAUAGUGGAGCAGAAUAAAUUAAAGAAAAAAUGCAAAAGAAACCAGAUGAUUCAAAUAUUAGCAACACCAAGAUUGUGAAAGCGAUCAAUCGUCUAGGAAGUGAUGAUAUGUUGAUACUUGACAGUAGUACUAGUGAAGAAGAAGAACUCAAUAGCUCAAGUGAUAGAGGAUCGCUUGAUGGGAGAGUUCCGGAAUUGAAAAGGAAAAUCCAAACUGCAAGCAAUGAAAUAGUUUAUGCAACAGAACAGUUGGCAGCUGGUAAUGAAAGCGAAGAUAUAAAAAAGAAGAUUAAAAUUGAUGUGGUAAAGCAUCAAGAAGAG